UUCUCAGUUAUUAUUGGUGGUGUUAUUAAUUUCUGGUGCUAAAUUGAGAGAACUCUCUGUAUUCAGAGAGAGAGAGAGAGUGAGAAGAGGGAGGGAGACACAGAGAGAGAGAGAGGAAUCAGAUUAGCCCCUUUGAAUUUCUCUAUCAAAAUCUGAGGACCCAAUUUCUAGGGUUUUGUGGUUCUUCUCCAGGGAUUUGAAGACAUGCAGUCUAAGUCUGAAGCUGCAAAUCGAUUGAGGUCGGAUCCUCAUUCCUUUCAACCUGGCAGUGUUUAUUCUGAACCUUGGUGGCGUGGUGUUGGGUACAAUCCUAUGGCCCAAACAAUGUCUGGGGCAAACGCAUCCAAUUCAUCCUCUGAAGGCCCUAAUGGUGAUUCAGAAUCCAAUGAUGAAGGCCAGUCUUUAUCCAAUAGUGGGAUGAAUGAGGAAGAUGAUGAUGCCACUAAGGAUUCACAGGCUGCUGAUCCUAAUCAAUCAGGAAAUCAUGGUCAAGAACAGCAAGGGGUGCAGCACGCCACAUCGUCUGCUCCGAUACCACAACUGGAACUUGUUGGUCAUUCAAUUGCAUGUGCUCCAAAUCCCUAUCAGGAUCCAUACUAUGGGGGCAUGAUGGCAGCUUAUGGUCACCAGCAGUUGGGGUACGCUCCUUUUAUAGGAAUGCCUCAUGCCAGAAUGCCUUUGCCCCUUGAGAUGGCUCAAGAGCCUGUUUAUGUGAAUGCCAAACAAUACCAAGGAAUUCUACGGCGUAGACAGGCUCGUGCUAAAGCAGAGCUUGAAAGGAAGCUAAUAAAAUCUAGGAAGCCAUAUCUUCAUGAAUCUCGGCAUCAGCAUGCUAUGAGAAGGGCAAGGGGUAGCGGAGGACGAUUUGCAAAGAAAACUGAUCUUGAUAACAACUCAGGCAAGGAAAAGGAUAAUGGUUCUGGUCCGGUCCUGUCAUCACAGUCAAUUAGUAGUUCUGGUUCCGAACCUUUACCUUCUGACGAAACAUGGAAUUCUCCUCACAUGCAACAUGAUGCAAGAGGAUCAAAAGUGGGCGACAGAUUUGAAGCAGCCAAUUAUGAGAAUGGUAGUGGCUCCUACCAUAACAAUAAUGGUUCGCAAUCUUCAAGGUAUCAUCAGCCUUCAGGUGAAAGAGUGGACGAAGGGGACUGUUCUGGCCAGCAACGCGGAAGCGUCUCCUCUAAUGAGGCAUCGCAGAGGCGUCUUGCUAUUCAGUAGAACCGUGCAUGGGGGAUAGAUGCUGAGGUUGGUUUGUAUCCUAGUGAUAUAUUUGGUGAAUACCUUGGUUAUCUAUGAAGUAUGAACAUUCUUGGCAAUAUAUAUAUGCCAAGCGGCAAAUCAUUCUUGGCUUUGUUCUUGUGUUUAUGGGUGUGAUGAUAUGGGGGAAAAGAAUGAUGUUGGGGUAAUCUGAUUUCUGUUGAAGUCAAUGAAUCCUUCAUUCUUUUCUCAUUUUUGCAUUUUGUACAGAGUUGUAGUGGGUAGUCAACUCCAGCUGAUAAUGACAUGGAUGGAUGGUCAGGUCAGGUCAGAAGACUAUGGAGAAACAAACUCUUGAUGUACCAACUCUCGUUUGAUGGGUUUAUCUUUGUGUAACUCAAAACGGUUGUUAAUUUUAACUUGGUACAUUAUUAUUAAGAGAAUGACAUGCAUUUAGUAUUGUUUGUUA